CUCGGAAAAAAUAUCAAAUGAUAAAUGUGAAACCAAGGAGUUGAAAUGAAACCCCCUGGUAAAACUAUAACAAGAAAUGUGAGGUUACUUUCGAUCCGCCGGAGAGGUACGGUCACGUGAUGCUCCAGCACAGGAGUCACAUGAUAUCAAUUUGCUAGUGAUGAGCUAACUGUAGCUACGUUACGUGUGUUGACAAGUGACAAUUUUCGAUAAUUUUAACGAACAUCAUGGAAGACAUUUCAGAACGAAUGAGACGCAUCGUCUCUUUUACUAAUCCGUUCAAAUAUAUUUCUGCAGGAGAAAACACCUACCAUCCCACCAGAAAUCCAAAGGGAAUCAUCAGUUUUGCAUUAGCACAGAACAGACUGUGUGGAGACCUCAUGCUUGAACAGGUGAAGAAGCUUGAUCUAUCCGAGUGUGAUGGAGCUGCCCUACUACAAUACCAAGACAUCCGAGGUAUGCCAGCGUUUCGAAAAGCCAUUGCUGACUUCCUGAAAGACUACACCAAUUCUCCACAAGAUAUCGACCCAGACAAGAUUCGUGUUUGCAAUGGUCUGACUGCAUUGACAGAGGUCAUGGCAUUCAUAUUGUGUGAUGAAAGAGAUACCAUACUGUCACCAUCACCUUUAUAUUCUGGUAUUGUAAAAGACACAGGAAGGAGACCCAAUGUUAAUCUUCAUCCCAUUCACUUAUCAAGCAAGCCAGGAGCAGAAGGAGAGGAGCCUUACACAUUAACAGUAGAACAUCUUGAAAGAGGCUAUCAAGAAGCUACACAGCAGGGAAAGCGAGUGAGAGUCCUGUCUCUUGUGAAUCCUUUAAACCCUCUUGGGACUGUGUACACCAAACCACAGAUACGGGAAUACCUUCAGUUCGCUAAGAGACAUAAUCUUCAUGUCCUUCUAGAUGAGAUCUACCUGUGUAGUGUGUAUGACCAGACCAAGCCGUUUUGUAGUGUACUAUCGUUAAGAGAGGAUGAGAUCCCUGAUCUAAACAGGACUCAUUUCAUGUGGUCCUUCAGUAAGGAUUUUUGUUUCAAUGCAUCUAAAUGUGGAGUGCUGUAUUCAUGGAAUGAGAAGGUUCUAGAAGCAGCGACAGUUCUCAUUGACUACCACACGGUAUCCAGCCUGAUACAGAUAACACUCACACAGAUACUACAAAACAAAGAAUGGCUUCACAAUGUGUACUUCAAAACCUGCCAUGAGAGGUUGAGAGAGGCAAGAGACAUCACCAUGGUAACACUGGAUGAAAUGGGUGUGGCCUACAUCAAACCUACAGCUGGGUUCUACAUCUGGGCAGACUUCAGCAAGUUUCUUGGUGCUUCAACACAUGCCGAGGAGAAGUCCCUCUGCUGCCAUCUUCUGUCGUGUGGUGUCAUGAUCUUAGUUUCAGCUGGUUUCUAUGGCAACGAGCCUGGCUGGUUCCGAGUUCUCUUCUGCAAUCCUAAACCAGAAUUGGAAGAAGGUUUGAAGAGACUGAAAGAAGGUUGUCUAAGCUACAAACCUGGUACGGGAUCAGCGAUUGCAGAUGACCUUGCCGGUGACCUUGCCAAUGACCUUGCUGGUGACCUUGCAGAUGUGGAGAUCUUAGGAGCCUCAGGUGAAUCGCUUGAAUCACUGGUGAGGUCAUUCAAGGUCAGCUUGCAGAACUCUGAUUGGCUGAAAGAGAAUACAUCCGACAUGUGGAGAAAUGAGAAUCCUGAGGUGUCUGAGACAUGGAUAAAAGAACUUGAAAAGAACCCUCCUGAGUAGACUAGAGAAAAUGUCCACGCUGUGAGGCAUUGUUACCUCAAUUAUUGUUAUCCUGACCUGACCUGGCCUGACCUGACCUGACCUAAGCCUUCCGCACCAUCUGGGAGAUGUGUGAUGGCUUCUGCUUCAUGAUCUCAAGCCAGAGCUUCCUAUCUUGUGACGUUCUGGUUGCUUCUGUGAGGGAUCCCAGACAUCUAGAAGCACAAUCAGCCUUUACACAGUCAAGCCAGUAUCUUUGGGUAUCCUGAUGGUCUCAUCCUGUUAACGUGGCCAAAGAAUCGCAGCCGUUUUUUUGCUAUUUUGUCCAGAAUUUCACAGAUACAUACAUGACAUAUUCAUAAUUCCUGCAAAGUUCUACAUAAUUUGAUGUUGGCUUCAAAAGGGACAUACAUGUAGUAUCUUUAAUUAACGCUCAAUUAUGUAUGGUAUUGACUGUUAUGACUUACAAGGCUUCCAGCUUCUGCUGACCAGUGUCUUGGAGCUCCAGUCACGUUUGAAAGAAGUUUCUGCUUUUCAGAUAUUUACUAUGCAUACAAUUCAGAACUGAAUAGAUCAACUGAAUAGAUCAACUGAAUAGAUGAACUGAAUAGAUCAACUGAAUAGAUGAACUGAAUAGAUGAAUUGUCACAUUUGAAAUAAUGUUCUGCUUUUCAUAUAUUUACUAUGCAUACAAUUCAGAACUGAAUAGAUCAACUGAGUAGAUGAAGUGAUCAUAUGUAUGAAAAUCCCUCCAAUGUGAAAAAUGUAUUUCACCAUCUUUUUUAUCGAUGCAAAAGCUUUGUAAACUGAUAGUAAGUUUGUAAGAGCACUAUAUAUGUGUUUUUAUUGUAAUUGUAAUGUCAUAGGACUGUAUUCUACUAAUACUGUUAAACCACACCCAGGUCUAAGAUUAUGUUUAACAAAACAAAACUGAGACCUCGAUCAGGCUAACUUCCUUUGUUAAACCUGAUUUUGGACAAAAGAUUAAACAAGCAAUAGGUUUAAUUUUUAGUAGAAUCCGGGCCAUAAAACCUUGCUCACUUGCCAAUGGGCCAUCAGUGAUGAUGUAAUCAUGUAAAACAUGAAUCGAGUGUAAAUUAAUUCAAUUAGAUUGAUGGUCAGAUAUUAGAUUGAUGGUCAGAUAUUUAUCUAACAAUAAUUUGACAAGUAUUCCUCCAUUAACUGAUUGGUCCAUGAUGCGGAUGAAACUCUGUAAUCAGGAAAGUAAUUUCAUGUAUAAUCUAGCCCUACCUGACCAAAUGAUUAAGAACCCCUAUCCUAUAUCACAUGUUCAAUCACCAAGAGAAUUUUUUUUUUUUUGUGAUGUCCAAGUUUUGAUUUCUACAUUCGUCCAUCCUUGAAAUGAAAUAACACUGCUGCAAUUGGGAUUUCCAUCUCUGGACCAAUGUGUUUUUAAAUAUGCCUAUUUCUGUUGACGGUGCAAUCUUUCAAGCUUUUUAGUUGAAAUGUUAAGAGUAGAAAGUCAUUAGUACUGUUCAUGCAUUCAUCGCUCUAAACCUGUAGACGUGUGUGUUGUUUUUAUAACUUUGUAUAAAAAAAAAAAUGUUAUCAGAGAAUUCAGAUUUUAUUCAUAAAUCACAUGUACAUUCCAGCA